UUAAACAGCGGGCGGGCCGGGGACAGCCAAUUCGUCUUGGGCGGUGACGUCACGGAGUUCCUUUUUUUUUUCUCCAGAAGAUCAAUUUAAACAAGGAAUAACUUUUUCAGUUUUACUACAAAACGACUUGCACGCUGACAGAGAAGGAGGGAGGAAAAAAGAACGGAAUUGACUGAAAGUUAAAACUAGACUAGAGCUGGGAGAAUAUCUUACCAGCUUGCUGUGGCAGAAUGACGUGGCUCCCCCUGCUGGCUGUGCUCCUUCAGCUGCUCCGAGCAUGUUGGACUGCCCCCUACUCUAACGGCUUCUUCUACCAUGACAUCAUGAAUGGGAACGGCAACGGGGAGAUUUACUUUAAUGGAGUGCGACUGCAUGUGAAGGCUCUGGAAGCGCCCAUCUUUGCUGCGCGGGGCACCAACGUGACGCUGCCCUGCCACUAUUACUACGAGCCGCGGCUGAGCGCUCCGCGCCGCACCCGGGUCAAGUGGUCCCGUCUACCUGUGAACGGGGGAGAGGAGACGGAUGUACUGGUGGCUAUCGGCCUGCGCCACCGCAGCUUCGGGGAGUACAAGGGACGAGUGCACCUGCAGCAGGACUCGGAGGGGGAGGUGUCUCUUGUCAUCACGCAGCUGUGCCUCGCCGACACGGGCCGGUACCGCUGUGAGGUCAUCGACGGGCUGGAAGACGAGAGCAGCACAGUGGAGCUGGAGCUGCGCGGUGUGGUGUUUCCCUACCAGCCCACGGGGAGGCGCUACCAGCUGAACUUCGAGGCGGCGCAGCGGGUGUGCGAGGAGCAGGAUGCCACCUUGGCCACCUUCGAGCAGCUGUACUCAGCUUGGGAGGAGGGGCUGGACUGGUGCAACGCAGGCUGGCUGGCCGACGGGACGGUGCAGUACCCCAUCACCCAGACACGGGAGCCCUGCGGGGGGCUAGGCCUGGCCCCGGGGCUCCGCAGCUACGGCCCCCGGCACAGGCAGCUGCACCUCUAUGACGCCUUCUGCUUCUCCUCCUCUCUGCGGGGGAAGGUGUAUUUCCUGCAGCACCCUCACAAGCUGAACUUCACUGAAGCGGGGGCGGCGUGUGAGCAAGAUGGGGCGAGCAUCGCCCGGGUGGGUCAGCUGUACGCCGCCUGGAGAUUCCUGGACCUGGACCGCUGUGAUGCGGGCUGGCUGGCUGACGGGAGCCUGCGCUACCCCAUUGCCUUCCCCCGGGCCAACUGCGGCCCCCCAGAGCCCGGCGUCAGGACCUUCGGCUUCCCCAGCAGACACCAGAAACACGGCGUCUACUGCUAUGGGAUGAGAUAGAGCCGAACUGAGCAGAGCUCACCUCCCAGACUCACCCUGCUCACUUCACUGCUCCCUCUUCCAACCCUUCUCGUCUGCCUCCCACUCUGUACUAGUAAAAGCAUAACGAAAUGUAGUAAAGCAUAGCAAAUAUAUGGUAAGCUCUGGGAAAGCAAUGGUAGCUGCGUUGUAUAAGCAUGGGGGAAUGAUGGCAAAUUGCUCAAUUAUUGUACAGAAUCUCCGUGGUAAUCUGGUACAUGGGUUCCCUCUCUUACUCCCUCUCUCUUGCUCUUCAUAUGUUCUUCUCAUCUUCACUUAUCUCCUUUGUCUUCAGCUCCCUCCAUCUCUUUAACUGUCUCCAUCACUCGUUUCUUCCCGUCCCACUGCUUUUCAAGCUCUCCCGUUUUUUUUAUAUGUUCUCCUCCCUCUCCCUUCUUCCACACUCCUUCCAUCCUGUCCCGGAGGCUUUCCCCCCUUUACCUCUUCCUCUGUCUUCCUUCAGCUCUUUAGGAGGCCUGGGAGUUUAGAUUUCAUAGAGACGAUGAUGGUUAAGAGCUGCUGUAGCCUUAGCUGUGCUGAAAGGUAAAGCAGAUUACUGGCCAUUGACUUUAGUGUAUGUUUGUGUAUUAGCCAAUGAAGCAUAAGACAGAAGUAAUACCUCCUGUCCAGGGCAUUAUCUGUUCUUGGUGCGGGGGGAAGUUGGGAAACAUGAGUAUUAUCAUAAUUCAUAUUAUUAAUAAGACUAUAUUUUGUAAUGUUUUCCUUGUACCAAAUUCCUUGCUGGACCUCUUACAUCAAUAGUAAAAUACAGAGCAACCAAUUCGUGUGCUAACUUUAAGGUGACAAUGUGAAACUUACAGUAGAUCACCCAUACUGCUAGAGUGCACAGUAAGUAUAGGUAGGGGCAUGCUUAUUCGUCUCAGAGUGGAGCAGCAGCAGGGAUGUUUCAAGGGUAGGAAACUUGACUAUGAAUAUACUGUCUCUGCUAUGCAUUAUGCAUUAAUCACAUAGUGUCUCUUGAAUAGGAUUAUGGGACACCAUACCCCCCCCACCCCCCCCCCACACAAUCUGAGCUGUAUUACAAAGACAAGCACGUAGAAUUGUAUAAUGUAGCUCAUCAAGACCUUGAUCUUACUGUAGCAUAAGAUAUGAUAUGAACCUUUUCAAACUUUCUCAAAAUUCUUUGAUUUUUACACACCAUGGAGUUAAGGGAUUCUAUAUUUAAUGUGAAAUAUAUUUUUUAUAUGUGUGUUUUUUUAUUAUAAACUGUACUGUAUAAAAUGCAUAUUUAAUGCUAAAGUCCUGUGUGUGCCUUAUGUUGCAUUCGCAGUGUCUAACAGUCUGCUCAAUGUGUUCUUUGGUAUUUACUGUGUCUCUCCCAAUAGUCUUGUGAUGUACAGAGCUGGGCUUCAGUCCUGGGACUUCUUCUCUGCUUGUGUAAAUAUGGACAAAUAAAAUGUGAGAUACUGUACUUGUGAGGUAUAUGCACUCAGCAUGGCUGUGAUAUUAUUUCAUUGGUUUCUGUAUCUUUGCAUUUUAAUCUUAAUGGAGUUUAACCUCUUUGAUAAUUUAACAGCGCAGGUCUUUACUUCUUACAAAUAAAAGUUUUCUAACUUUUUAAAA